AUGAUUGCAAAACGCAGAUCUCGAACCCAAAAGAAGGAACAAGGGGCUGCUCCUAACCAGAAGGGAGGAAAAGCGGAUCAAGGGUAUCAAUACCACGUUGGGGGAUCAAGGUUUGCAGCUCUAGAGGAGGAAGAAGAUCUACAUAUGGAUUCGGAGCCCAGGGAAGCUACUGAAAGGAUCCCAAACCCUGUGCAGCAUCACUCGGCCAGCAAAAGCAAAAAUACAAAUCGGACGUCUAAGCAUGGAGUACCAGCGAGAACUGAGAAGGGAACCACUGCGCCUAUGGCAGCCCGCUCUACUAUCCACAUUUCGAACAGAAGUGAGGGAAUGGCGGGAAAAAAAAAGGAAUCCCAGUCUGGUCGGACACAUCAGGGAGCAGACACAACCCGAACUACUCCUGCGAGCAGUGAGCCUUCCCCGAUGCUCCAUAGGCAAGACGGUGGAACCGACCAUAACCGGGUGGCCGUGACCCCGACCAAUAACGGGGUGAAAGACAGGCCGUCAGAUUUCAAUCCGAGCGAAGGGCCAACGAAACCAACAGAUACAAGGGAUAUCACGAAGAUGAACUCUUCGGGAAUGCAAAUCGACGGGACCUCCCCGCCGAGUUCGUGA